AAACUGCGCUACUCUCAUUGUUCAGUCGUCGCGUCAUGGAAAGAGUUACUGCGUUUGUGCUCAAAGUUAAGAAGCAGUUUGUGAAAAACUCCUCACGGGUCUGAUUAAACACACCUCGAAAGGAAUAUCACGAACACACAGCGAUCUGAACCGGAUCUGUGGAUUAUAAAGACGCUUUAGAUGUACUUUUUCUUUCUUUUGUUUGCUUUUGUUGCAAAAGAUGCGGUUCAUUUUCCAUCUCUGUCUGGGACGAAAUGUUGGGAUAAUGUUUUUAUUUGGAAUUUAGUUCAGUCGGACUUUCAAAACAGAUGUUUGUGUUUGUUUUUUAAUAUUUUGACAGCAUGCAAGAUGCCUAAAGCUAUUAUAUAGUUAUUAUGGGACACUGAACUGAAUGUGUUUGCCGGUGUCUCGGUUCUGCUGGACGGGAUUUGUGCAUUUAUCGGUUUAUUUUGUAUAGAUUCUGGUUUUGUGGAAAAAUGAAACGGCAUAAAUUAAGGGAAGUUGGAUUAUAACAACCUGGCAGGGAGUUCCAACAUGUAAUGCUUUAUUUAUAAAUGCAGCAUAUUGGAAAUUGUUUCCCACGGGGGGGAAAAAUAAGAUUCCUGUUGUCUUCUUCAUGGUCAGUAACUUUAAAAAAACUUGAAGAUCUUUAUCGUAAAGAAUAUUGCUUACCAACAGCCUCAAAACUGCUAGUUUUGUUAAAGUACUAUGAUUAUAUUAACAAGUACUGCUGUACUGUAUAACCAAACUUUUAAGUUAUCAAAUAGCCCUGUUUUUGUUAGAUUUGAUCUGUGCAGUCUGAUAUGAGGUAAGGAACUUUUAUUGUGGCCCAGUUUUUGCACAUCUGGCUUGCAAAGUUACAAAAAUGACCUUGAGAGCCAAAGCCCUCUACACUUUCCAAAGUGAGAACAAGGAGGAGAUCAGCAUCCAGGAGAAUGAGGAGCUGGUGAUUUUCGACGAGAACUCUGUAGACGGCUGGCUGCAGGGAGAGAACAGCCGAGGAGAGCGAGGCCUGUUCCCCGCCUCGUACGUUCACAUCAUCCGGAACCGAUCCGGGUCCAACCUGACGGAUCAUUCCCUCAGCUCGCCUGGAAGCUCGCCUGGUAAGGAUAUCUCGUACAUCCAUACGCCUUCCACGACCCUGCCGAGCGACGACGAUGACGACUGGGAUGACUGGGAUGAAACCUCGACGGUGGUCGAGGAUGAAGAUCCUCGGAGAGGUGUUGGCGCCAAUGGACAUUCCCAAAGUCCGUAUUCCAACCCCAACGUCCACUACCGGCCCAAGCCGUAUAUGGAGCGCCAGGACAGCAUGUCCAGCAAUAGAAAGGGCAGCAUGGUGGGCAGGAACUUGAACCGAUUCUCCAGCUUCGUGCGGUCAGGUGUGGAGGCCUUCAUACUUGGCGACGUCCCAAUGAUGGCCAAGAUCGCCGAGUCUUACUCUAUCGAAAUGGGCCCCCGGGGGCCUCAGUGGAAGGAGAGCCCUCAGCCCUUCACCUGUUCCGUUGAAGACCCCACCAAACAGACGAAGUUCAAGGGCAUUAAGACGUACAUUUCGUACCGUGUCACCCCCAGUCACACUGGCAGGCCGGUGUAUCGCCGCUACAAGCACUUCGACUGGCUCUACAACAGACUACUACACAAAUUCACCGUAAUUUCCGUGCCGCACCUUCCCGAGAAACAAGCCACGGGACGAUUCGAGGAAGACUUUAUUGAGAAAAGGAAGAGGAGGCUUGUUUUAUGGAUGGACCACAUGACCAGCCACCCCGUGCUGUCUCAGUACGAGGGUUUCGAACACUUCCUCAUGUGUGGAGACGACAAACAGUGGAAGCUCGGGAAGAGGCGAGCGGAAAAGGACGAGAUGGUCGGGGCUCAUUUUAUGCUCACCUUCCAGAUUCCCAACGAGCACCAGGACCUUCAGGACGUGGAGGAGCGCAUUGACUCCUUCAAGGUGUUCGGCAAAAAAAUGGAUGACAGUGUGAUGCAGCUGACGCAUGUCGCAUCGGAACUGGUUCGCAAACAUCUCGGAGGUUUCCGGAAGGAGUUCCAGAGGCUGGGAAACGCCUUCCAGUCCAUCAGCCAGUCGUUCCUGCUGGACCCUCCGUACAGCUCGGAUGCUCUGAGCAACGCCAUCUCGCACACAGGCCGCACCUACGAGAACAUCGGGGAGAUGUUCGCCGAGCAGCCCAAAUACGACCUGUUUCACAUGCUGGAUAAACUGUCGCUGUACCAGGGCCUGCUGUCCAACUUUCCAGACAUCAUCCACCUGCAGAAAGGUGCUUUUGCUAAGGUGAAGGAGUCUCAGCGUAUGAGCGACGAGGGGAAGAUGGACCAAGAGGAAGCGAAUGGCAUUCGUAAACGCUGCAGGACUGUGGGUUUCGCCCUGCAGGCCGAGAUGAACCACUUCCACCAGCGGAGGGAGGUGGACUUUAAAGACAUGAUGCAGGCGUAUCUCCGCCAACAGAUCGCCUUCUACCAACGUGUAGGUCAGCAAUUAGAGAGAACCCUUCGCAUGUACGAUAACCUCUAGAGCCUUUGGCAUCGGGACUGUAAUGGAGAUACAACGCUCCUGUGGACGGAUAUACAAGGUUUUUUUUUAUUGCCCAAAUUGGAAUUUUCUAAUUCCAGACAGGAUUUUUUGCAAGAGAAACGGGACAUUCUCACAUCUGCACUUAAAAAUGUCACUUUUAACCCCAGAAACCAACAAAACAGUUGCCUUUGAUAAACUACUCAUGUAUAUCCUCAUGGUUUUAAUAUUAUUUAAAUAUCUGUUAGACCAAUGUUACACUUUUUCCAUAUUUUUCUCUUCAAAACUCACAGAGUCAGGUGUGCGAAGGACGUUACCUGUGCAUUAGCAGGUGCAGACGCUAAUCAGACUCCAAAAACAGUCUGGUCAUGUGAUGCAAGUUGUUUACACAAUAGUUUGCCAAAAUCACAAUUAUUUCUUAAAAAAAAAAAUAGCAAUUUGCGACAGCGUGUCUUAUUAAGGCGCAAUGCAAAAAAAGUGCCAAAUACUGAACGUUUUUUUUAUUUAUGGCUUGUGUUGAGUUGCUCCGCCCACACUGAAAUCUCAUUGGUCCAAAAUAAAAAAAUAAUUUAG